AUGGGCUCCGGUGACAACUUACAGCCGCAGGCUAUUGGCCUAAUCUUUGGGUUUCCAGCCCUUGCAACCGUUGCUGUCGCCUUGCGGGUUUACAGCCGGACCCUAACAAGGUCUUUUGGCGCAGAUGACUGGGUUAUCUAUAUCGCACUGAUCUUGUAUUGGGCGGAGACUUAUACAUCCUACAAAGUCAUUAUUUACACCUACAUCGGAUACAACGUCUGGGAUAUCCCUGAAGACUAUCCGGCCGUCCUUGGUAACAAGUAUGCAUAUGCGACCGAGCUCAUUUAUAACCCUAUUCUGGCUCUCGUCAAGACCUCCAUCCUCAUUUUCCUGCUACGUCUGACGGGGCAGAAAAAGCUGGUGCGCCAGGCCAUCUGGGGAUUGCUAAUCUUCAAUGGCACCGCUGCUGUCGCCACAUUCCUUGUGACGGUCUUUCACUGUGUGCCAAUCGCCUCUAACUGGAACUCAACCGCAUAUCCUGACGCCAAAUGCAUGAACUUUGCCAACUUCGUCACUGGCACGGCUUCGGUCUCCAUCUUCACUGAUGUACUCGCCUUGAUACUGCCUACCUGGAUUGUAUAUGAGCUCCAGAUGCAAUGGAACCAGAAGUUAAUGCUGAUCGGAAUAUUAUCAUUUGGUCUGUUAACCGUUGCAGCAGGCAUUAUUCGUGUUAUCCUCCUUGACCAGUACGAUCGCCAUUUCCCCAAGAACUAUACCCAUACAGUCCUCUUCUGCGUAUCCACAAUCGAGGUCGGCCUAGCGUUUGUGGCCGCCUGUGCUCCCUCGUUCAAACCCCUGAUUGCGCGACUUCUCCCACGACUGUGGGGCGGCUCAUCCCGAAGCGGCCGGUACCACAACGGUUCCACCGGCCGCAGCGGUCGGGCCCGAAGCUACAACCUCGAGCAAAUGUCAAAUUUUACCCGGCGCACCCAGGAUCAGAAUAUUACAGUCGUCGAGGCCGGAGGAGAUGAGUCAAGUUACAGCCCCACCGAGACUAACAACAAAAAUAUCAUAACUAUGACCACACAGAUGGAGGUUACUUGGGACCACCGGCCUCCUAGGGAGGAACAGCAUACUAGCAGUACUGAAAGCCUGGUCCAUGCAAAGUAG